AAGACGGCCUUUUUUUCCUCUCCUCUCUCUCUCUCUCUCUCUCUCUCUCUCCUCACCCCCUCUGCCGCCGCUGCCACCGAAGCAUGACCAGCUCCUCCGCUCCUUCUCGCAAGUCUCUGAGCAAGAUCGCGUGCAACAGGCUCCAGAAGGAGCUGGUGGAAUGGCAGGUCAACCCCCCCGCCGGAUUCAAACACAAGGUCACCGAUAACAUCCAAAGGUGGGUCAUCGAAGCGAUUGGCGCGCCGGGGACGUUGUACGCGAACGAGACGUACCAGCUUCAGGUCGAUUUUCCGGAGCAUUAUCCCAUGGAAGCCCCGCAGGUCAUAUUUCUUCAUCCCGCGCCUCUUCAUCCGCACAUCUAUAGCAACGGGCAUAUCUGUUUAGAUAUACUCUAUGAUUCUUGGUCACCAGCAAUGACUGUGAGUUCUGUUUGCAUCAGCAUUUUGUCCAUGUUAUCAAGCUCAACUGCAAAGCAACGUCCCGCUGACAACGAUCGAUAUGUGAAGAACUGUAGGAACGGUAGGUCGCCAAAGGAGACCAGAUGGUGGUUCCACGACGACAAAGUGUGAUUAACUGGCAAUGCUUCUCCAAUUGCAUAGCUGACGCCCUUGUGAAGGAUCCAUCAUACUCCAUUGCCUUCAAUGCAGGAGUAUCAGGUGAUCCUAAUCAAGGGUUUGCGACUGUGCCAGUUAAUGCGCUGUGGGUACUUGUAAAGAAAAGUAGUAGUAUGAAUCUUGAUAUAUCAUUAGCACUAAUAAGUCUAUAUAGAACUACUAUUUGACAAGUACUUGCUAACUUAUUAGACCAAGCAUUACUGAACUGGGAUUUAAUCUCCAUUUCUGAUGAAAUUGCUCUUGGCACCUGGUGUUAUCCUAGUGUCCGAUAGCUUGCAUC